UUUUUUGUAUGUGUGGGUACCUAACUGUUGUAUGUGUGAGUGUUUCUGGGUGUCCAAGAUGAGAUGCGUCAGCGCAGUCUAGCCUAUAUAAUGUAAGAAAAUGCGAAGCGGACAUCAUUCGACAACCUCUUUCAUUAAGAAAACAACAUGAAAAACUUUGUGAUCUUGUGCGUGGUGCUGGUGGCGGCGCUGGCGGGCGAGGCGGCGGCGCGCACCAAGCGCAGCCACGGCUGGGGCGUGCAGCCCAGCUGGGGCGUGGAGCCCGGCUGGGGGGGCUGGCACGGGGGCUGGCAGCCGCACACCAAGGUGGUGACGGUGCAGAAGGUGGUGCAGGUGCCGCGCGAGGUGACGGUGCCGCAGGUGGUGCACGUGCGUAAGGUCAUCUCCGAGCCCAAGCUCAUCACCGUCAAGAAGGUGGUGCCUGUGCACACGGAGCACGCGCACCACGGCUGGUGGUGAACAAGGCUUAGGAUAAGGUACUGCGUUUCUUUAUAAUAAAUAACUUUAUUUUUCAA